UAAGGUCUCUGUCUGUCAGGCGAGGCGCGCUGUUUUUACGCAUCGCAUCCAUUCCUCUCUGUAGCCGCGCCGAGCUCUGCUGGGAGAAGACAGAGCGGCGGAGCGGUCUGUUUAUUCACACCAGUUCAGAACUUUUUUUUUUUUUUGGUUAAUUUAUUCUUGUGUUUAAUUAUAGAUGCGUGUCUUUCUACGCGCGUUCUUGGAGAUGCGGGAAAAGAGCUGCGUAAAAGGCGCGAUAUGGGCAGACCUCGGAGAAUAUUUUUUUGCAACCCUUUCAACUUCCCAGCUCAGAUCGCCAUCUGAUGCGUGAACAGGAGAAACGGCGGACUUCAGAGUGAUCCUGACACGGCGGCACUCCGUACUCGGACACCCAGAAACCGAUCCGAACUCUUCCCCAAACAGACACGCGGGGGCCAUUAUCAGCGCGGUGUUGUUAUUUACUUAUUAAGCUCUGUUAGAGGCAAGACCGAACAGGUUGCUGGAGGUAAAGAAAGAAGGAGCCUCGCCUGAAAAACUGGCUUCAAUUCAUCAAGCAAUGGUGAGACGUGAGUCACCGGAGCGGCACAAGUAGAUUGGGGGGUGCUGAAACUCAACAGGCCAAAGAGGGGAAAACCGCAUUCUGGCCGCGCGCACCAAGGCGCAAGGAGGAGGCGCCUCUUCGGCUUUCUCGAUGGAUUCUUCCAGCCCGCUUCUGCCUCAGAUGAGAAACGCUCUGCCGUGGACAGUAGCGAGCCGUGACGCCACGCUGUGAAAACAUGACGCACCGCAGCGCGCGGAGAGCCGCAGCAGGCGCGAGCGGCUCUGUUCCUGCGCACCGGGAGCGGAUUUCCCACGGGACAGCUGGUGGGACCCGAUGGAGGGUUUGGAGGAAGGAUAGACACAUUUCUUCUGUCAUGUCAGCAAAGGCCAAGGUCCUGCUGUGGGUGCUCGUCUCCUUGCUGCCUUUGGUGGAAGGAGCUCACAUGAGAGCUGCUGCUGCUGGUGGUGGACUGGGGUCAGACCUGAACCAUGCUGCAGGCCUUCUGGAGGCUCAGGAGGGGAGAGACUUUCCUGUCACACUGCCAGAGGUGGUGGGGGACAAGGAGCAGGAGGAGGACAGUGAGCCUUACCCCACAUGGCACGCUCUAUAUGAGCCCUUUGUGAUGGAUGAGCUGGAUGACCAUCCCAGCAUCCGCUGGGCGGGGCGCUCGCCACGCUCCUCUGACCCCACAGCACCUCAGCCCAAGGGGUCGCAAAAGAAGAAAAGACGAAAGAAGAAAGGAGAGGAGGCGGGAAACGCGGACAGAAGGGGGAAAGGUAAAAGCCGGCCCCCAAAACAGAGCAGCAGGGACUGCCGGGUGGAGAAGAAAGAGAUGAAGGUUCGGGACCUCGGACUGGGCUUUGAUUCGGACGAGAUCGUCCUCUUUAAGUUUUGUGUGGGCUCCUGCCAGAGCUCCAGGAUAAACUACGAUCUGGCGCUGAACGCGCUGCUGGAAAACGGCUCCCUUCCGCGCCGCGUCGCCCGGAAGGUGAGCAGGAACCCCUGCUGCCGGCCGGACCGCUACGAGCCGGUUUCCUUCAUGGACACCUCCACCACCUGGAGGACCAUAGAGUCGCUUUCAGCUGCCAGCUGCAUGUGCAUCGGCUGAACUGACGCUCAGCGCUGUGUCCAAAAGAAAAAAAAAAAGACCAGAUGAAGGCGCUGUUGCACAUAGGAAGUUAGAGAGCCCGUGUGUUGGGUGCAGCUGGACGACAAAGGGCUGAAAUCAGAGACUAAUGUGGAGGAGCGGCAGGGAACGAACAGACUGUUUUCACAUCCAUGUCGGACACAGGAUUCAGGAACCUGCGGGCCCCGGAACUCCUCCGAAAAAAACAAAAAAACAAAAACCCGAACAAAAACAAAAACUCCUACGUGUUUGGACUUUUUGUUGGAAGAGACCUGAGAUAAAAGAACAAAAAAGCCUAGUUAAAGGACUGACACUGUGUUUAUACUGUAACUUUAACUAAACGCUUACUGCAAACAGUGAAACCAGCACUUCCCAAAAAACCCCCAACAGUCUUUUUCCCGUCCCCCCCCUCCUUCCCCCACGUCCACCCAUCACCCCACCCCACACACACAAACAGAGACCUCACAUUAUAUCCUUUUCUAUACGUUCAGGUGAACUCAGCCUAAUGGAUGCCAUGCAUCUUCAUGUAUUACUGUGUAAGAGUAAAGUAUAUUUAUUACAGAUAAAUUAUUUAUUUAUUAUGGCUUCAUAUGAGAGCUGUUUUAUAUGGACUCUAUAAUGUAGAUACAAAUAUAUCUAUUUAUUGCCAAGAUUCACAUUUCACCCUCGCAGCUGCUUUUUGUUGACUCCGUCUCAGUGAUUCAUUUCCACAUUUUUCCAAACGUAGGAACACAAACCAGACAGUAACCGUAACUAAUUACUGUCUCUCUCACACAGUUCAACCCCAACCAGCAGAAUGUAAAUUCUCCUCCAUACUGUCGUAAUGAUCCUGAUUUAUUUUGUUUUUACCUCAACGUCGCUUCUCAGUCUUGAUUCUAACAUGUAGGCAUGGGCCAGUAGAAAACUCUCAUGACAUGAAGUGACAACAAACAGCUCCAUGGUAUUAACACAAACUUUUAACAUGACAUGAUCUGUUCCCCUUUAACAGAAGAGCUACAAUUAUUUCUGCGGCAGCUAAAAUGACAACCUCCUAAUUAUUUGUGCCAAAUAUUUCUUAUUGUUAAAAAUUCAGAGUGAACAACUGGUUAUGUUAGUGCCAGAAUAUUGGACAUUUUUCUGGUCUCCUUACAGAGUAAAGCAAAUUCAAGAAGUUAGUCGGUUAGCUCGCCAGGCUGGUGACUGGUGGAGUCUCCAGCGGCUGUUUGACACGCAUGCCACUUGUAGCUUGUCAGCCGUAUUUUAAAACAGCAUUACUUUGAAAGGACUGCUGAGUGGUUCUUCUACUGCAUCUGGGUUUGUCUUUUGUCUGAGCCAGGAAGACCUGAAGAGCUUUGUGAGUGUAGAAGCCUUCUUUCAGCCAGCUGACCAGCAGUCACUGCUGGAUCUGGAAAGCCGUUGGACCCUGGGCGAGAGCCAGGUUGCAUGCAAACCACUGUUUCUUUUAUUCAUGCAAAUUACCGUUGGUGGAUAGUGUGGUUAGCACAAAAUUUAUUAUUGUUGGAUGUUGUCAUCAUUUUCGUUUUCUAAAACGAACUUAGUACUUGUUUGUUUUCACAAAUCCGGGCUUGUUGCAGCGAAGAGGUGUGGGUAUGAUUUGAUCACAUCCUUCAAACUACUGAGUUUACUUUGGCCAGACAAAAGAAAAUACCUCGCAGUGAUAGGAGCUCAAACAUUUCUGGAUAGGAUGUCAUUUGAUAUCUAUUCUUUCAGGCCUUUAAAAGGCCUUUAAUA